GUGUUUAAAACUAUAAUAUAUCUUAUCUUUUUAAGCCUUUAGUCACGUAUUGAAUGUAAAUUGCAAAUUUCGCGCUUGCACAACAUUCGUAGUGAUAUGUAAUUCAAGCUUGCUUAAUACUAAACUGUUGCUGGCUUCCAAUAGAAAUAGUGUUUAUAUUAUGUAAAGUCGUAUUUUUUAUUUGAAAAUAAUUUAUUUGGCAUAAUAACAGUUUCAAAAUGUGGACUUUUAUGGUGCUAGCAAAUAUUAUAAGCUUUUUCAUUUCUUCAGUUUUUAGUGCAGCGGUUACAACAAUCAAGCCUGGUGUAGUAGCAGUAGAUAUUGGUAACAAUUUAACACUGCCAUGUCCUGGUGAACAAGGUGUAGUCUCUUGGAUUAGAGACGGUCGUGAACCUCCAGAUCACUCAAAUGUUCAAGAUAAUGGUAGUUUAGGCAUUUGGGACGUUCAGCCUUCUGAUAUUAUAGUAAGAACUCCUCCACCACCUUUAGUAAAUGUAACAACACAUAUGUCUACAGUUUUGGGGCUGGUUUUAUGGAAUGUUAAUGGUUCAGGGGGUUAUCCGAUAAUUGAUUUUACAGCUGAAUAUAAACUGCAUAGUUUUCCAAAUGGUAGUGGUGCUCCUGAAAAUGAAACAUGGAAGAUUAUAAGUCCUGCACAUAUGAGUCCUAAUACGAGACAAAUCGACAUUUAUCAUCUGAUACCAAAUACAACUUAUGCCUUCAGAGUAUGGGCAACAAAUGCUUUAGGGCCUGGUGAAAAAGUUGAAGUUUUAGGAGCAACUUUGUAUUUUGAUGGUGAGGCAGAACUGGCAAGACAUUUGUUAACAGGGGCAGAUCAAUUCGAUACUAGGGUUUGGGUGGCUGCGGUUGCUGUGGUUAUGGGCACUCUGACUGUUCUGACAUUUGGGACAUGUUUGUUACUAUAUAAAGAAUGUCGAGCGCCUAAUGAAGAUGAUAUGUGUCUCCAAGAAACAAUGGAGUUAGUACCAAACAUUAUCUUAAAUCCUGGAUACUGCGAAAUGCGUUCUGAAGCAAAUGCCAAUGAUAUUCGAUACUCUAUCAAUAACUCCAUUAAUGAAGAAAUACUUUCAAAUGGAAGACCUUUCGGAAGCAUCAGAAAGAAGAGGAACUCUCAAAUCAGUAACGGAUAUAUGCCUGUCAAUUCUGAUGAUGAGGACUUUUAUCCGUGCAUGGUCUUUAGUGGAGGCAGUAAUCGGGCAAGGAAAGUUUGAUUUUUGUUUAUUAUUUUUGUGUUGUAUGAUAUGUGUUGUGCACCUCCGAAAAGAAAGUAUAUUGUCAAUGCUUGAAGUGGAAGAUGGAGAUAAAGUAAGCAUAG